UUGUUUUUGUCGGAGCAGCAGACAGAAAGAGACUCGUGCUUCUUCACGUUCUACCUUUUCUUUAAGAAGCAGCAGCUCUUCAAACUCAGAGAAGAGAAAAAAAGGCUUCCCCCUCUCACUCGUCUCUGUUAGAGGAGAGUAAAGCCUGUUUCCUGCCAGCAGCAUGCCAGACACCCAGCUCAGCCUGGAGGCCUUGUCGGCGCUCUCCGGCUGUAACGUGGAGGCGACCAGCGGAGCCUCCCAGCUCACCCCGCAGGACUUUGUCAACAUCGUGGCCCUGAAGGAGUUUUACAAGCAGGAGGGCUUUAAGACGCUGGAGUAUCCCAGUCUGGGGACUUUGUCCCUGCAGGACACGGACGACCAGGACCUGUACUCGGCCCCGCAGGCUCUGGCUGAAGGCCCGAGCACCGCGGGGCCCGAGCAGAGCCUCCGGACCACGGUGAAGAUCAACCUGCAGGACUUCUUCCACCCGGAGUUCAACUACGACUUCACCAACGUCAAGGACGGCGACAAAAAGUUCCUGCGCGGUGACGAGCCGUACAUCCGGCCCUGCGGUUGGACCCGCGCCGCCCUGCGCGUGGUGCAGAAGUACGACGGCGGGGACAAGUGGCUGGGGACGGGCAAGGACGCCUGGCCCGUCUCCUACCAGGGACGCAACAUGGACGGCUCCCUCGGCAUCAUCGUGGCGCACGGCGGGAGCCCCGACAGCGAGCCGCAGUUCCUGGAGGCCGCCGCCGCCUCGAUCGUCAACCCCGAGAUUCGAGGCAGAGGGGUGUACUCCACGCCAGACAUCAAGGUGGCGGAGAAGUACUGCAGGCAGUUCAAGUCCAAAGUGGACGGGAAGACGUACAAAGUGGUCCUCCAGAACCGCAUCAACCCGGGGAAGAGGACCAAGUGCCAGAGAGAGGACAUGUGGCUCGUUUACAUCCCCGAAAACUCCACAGAAAUCCUGACCAGGGCCACCGUGCAGGAGUCCAUCCGACCCUACGGGCUGCUGCUGAAGACGGUCUGAGGACGCCUCGCCUCGAGUUAUCAGGGACACCAAGUCCACCGCACGUGUUCUUGAUUAUCAACAGUAAAACCUCGAGAAAAUCAUUGAUGGGUCUCUAUUAAGACUCACACAGGGUUAGGGUUAGGGUUAGCAACAAACCAACCAACCAUUCAUUCAUUCAUUCAUUCAACCAACCAUCCAUCCACCCACCCAUCCAUCCAACCAUCCAUCCACCCACCCAUCCAUCCAUCCAUCCAUCCACCCAUCCAUCCAUCCAUCCAUCCAUCCAUCCAACCAACCAUUCACCCAACCAACCAACCAUUCACCCAACCAACCAACCAACCAACCAACCAACCAACCAACCAACCAUCAAACCAACCAACCAACCAACCAACCCCUCAUCCAUCCAACCAAUCACCCAACCAACCAACCAACCAACCAACCAACCAACCAACCAACCAACCAACCAACCACCCAACCAACCAACCAACCAACCAACCAACCAUCCAUCCAUCCAUCCACCCACCCACCCAACCAACCAACCACCCACCCAACCAACCACCCAACCAACCAACCAACCAACCAACCAACCAACCAUCCAUCCAUCCACCCACCCAACCAACCAACCACCCAACCAACCACUCACCCAUCCAACCAACCAACCAACCAACCAACCAACCAACCAACCAACCAACCAUCCAACCAACCAACCAACACUGUAAUACACUGUAAAAACAGCCAUUUUUUAAAAAAAUUGCACUUUCUGACGCUCCUUGAACGUAUCACGGGUGAGGAAAGUUUCCAAAGGAAAAGGUUACAGUAAAACACAGACUAUGGACAGAUACCUCAGUCAACCCCACUUUAAAAUCUCCGUUUAUGCUGCCUUAUUUUGAGUUUUACACAAAUAAUCUGUUGAAAUCAACCGAAUCACAAAUGAUACGUGUAAUAAUAAGUAAAAAUGGAGAUGCACAUUGAAGAUAAAUAAAUAUCAGAAUCAGAACUCUUUACAUGGUGUGUUCAAGUGUAAGAAAACAAUGUGGGAAGAAUGUACACUGCCAUUUAGUGGGGACUUAUGGGACAGUUUCUUUCUUUCUUGAAUUAUUUUAGUUUUAACUUUCUCUUUGGAGGAUUUUGAUUGUUGCACAUUAUAAACAUGAUUGAUCCGAGCUGAUGAACUGUAUUUUUUUUUGUGAAAACUGGUUUUAUUAUUCUAACAUCACAGAUUUCACAGGAUGAGCAGAUCUGAGGAGAAAGUUUGGUGAUUUCACUCUGCAUUAAUUAUGAUGUUAUGAGAUAUGAUGAUAUUUAGUAGCAUCAUUGUGAAUUUAUUGAACUUACUGUAAUUUUAGAGAGUAAUUUUCUCAUACACUGUAUCUUUAAUGUCUCUUUUCUGUAGCCUGUAGAUCCAAAUGAGUGUGAAGGACAAACAGAUGUUUUCCUCUGGAAUCUUUUUGUUUUUUCUUGAGUCUGUUAUUAAAUAA